GUUGAGGGGCUUGAGCCGAACGGUUGGUUGGUCAAUGGGGGAAACAACAACAAGCUAGGCAUCAUGAGGGUCCCUGAAACACUGAUAUGGGCCGCUUUUCUCAUCCAAAAGGUGGUGGGAGAAUACGGCAUGGCCCAUUUCAGUGACACAGGUAAGAGCAAAGGAAAGGAUUACUGCAUAUUCUUCAACUCCCAGUGGGCUCGUCUACCUCAGGACCUCAACAAGGCAUCACGUCUCCAGAUCCACGACUUGACAACAUCAGUCCUGUGUUCGGCAACCGACGUCCCGGAGGGUGGUUUCCCAAACCGCAUCCCCAUGGUGAUGAGAGGCAACUGCACGUUCUAUGAAAAAGUCCGACUGGCCCAGCUUAAUGGCGCCAAGGGCCUGCUCAUUGUCAGCAAGGACAGACUGACACCACCAGCAGGAAACAAGACUCAGUAUGAGGAGAUUGACAUUCCUGUAGCGCUGCUCAGCUACUCUGAUAUGCUGGAAAUAAGCAAGACCUUUGGGAAAGGGAGACUGGUGGCCAUGUACGCGCCCAAUGAGCCGGUGUUGGACUAUAACAUGGUGAUCAUCUUUUUGAUGGCGGUAGGAACAGUAGCUGUUGGAGGUUGCUGGGCAGGCAGCAGAGACCACAAGAAACGCUACAUGAAGCAUAAGCGGGACGACGGCGCAGAGAAGCAGGAUGAAGAGACCGUAGACGUCACGCCCAUCAUGAUCUGUGUGUUCGUGGUCAUGUGCUGCAGCAUGCUGGUGCUACUCUACUUUUUCUACGACAGCCUCGCCAUUUGGGUCAUCGGCAUCUUCUGCGUGGCCUCCUCUGUUGGCCUCCACAGUUGUCUUUGGCCUUUUGUCAAGAGACUUCCUUUCUGCAAGUGCAGGGUUCCAGAGAACAACUUGCCGUACUUACACAAACGACCACAGAUCCGCAUGUUGCUGCUGUCCGCAGUCUGCAUCGGUGUCAGCAUCACCUGGAUGGUGUUCCGCAAUGAAGACCAGUGGGCGUGGGUGUUACAGGACGCCCUGGGGAUCGCCUUCUGCCUCUACAUGCUCAAAACAGUCAGACUCCCCACGUUUAAGGCUUGCACCUUACUGCUGUCAGUGCUUUUUGUGUACGAUGUUUUCUUUGUAUUUAUUACUCCCUUCUUCACAAAGACUGGGCAAAGUAUAAUGGUGGAGGUAGCGGCUGGUCCCUCAGAUUCCUCCACGCAUGAAAAGCUCCCCAUGGUGCUCAAAGUGCCACGGUUAAACUCCUCUCCUCUGGCUCUCUGUGACCGACCCUUCUCCCUCCUGGGCUUUGGGGAUAUCUUAGUACCAGGUCUGCUGGUGGCAUACUGUCACAGGUUUGACAUUUUAACACAAUCCUCCAGGAUCUAUUUUGUGGCCUGUACAAUCGCGUAUGGCAUCGGCCUGCUGAUCACCUUCGUGGCCCUGGCCGUGAUGCAGAUGGGUCAGCCGGCCCUGCUCUACUUGGUGCCUUGCACUUUGCUCACCAGCCUCACUGUAGCGCUGUGGCGCGAGGAGUUGCCCCAGUUCUGGACUGGAAGUGGAUUUGUGCCUGCCAUAGUCCUCGCACCCAUCAACUGUACACAAACUCCAGCACCGCAGGCAAAGGGACCCUCAACAAAACUAGAGCCACAAACUGAUGAGGCCACCAAUCAGAGCAAAGAUCCCCCCCAACCUCAAGAAACCCCCCCAGAAGAGAAAGACGAAGAGGAAAACAAAUCUGACCGAAAGGACAACUAGUACAGCAUUUCAUACUUCAUUUCAUGUUUUUAUUUGUUGUCGAGAUUCGUUUCUUUUUAUUUUGUUGCCUCAGUCAAUGGACAUUUGAAGUACAGACAUUUAUUUGCACUUGGUGCGAAGGGAAGAGCAGCAGAGGUUUGUUUUCCUGAAUUGCUGGCUCAGCGGGGCACCGGGACCGGACACAUAAGGUCUAGGCAUUAAACUGACACACUAAUUACCAAAUCUCCACAAACUCUUUCUACUAUUUAACAGUCUGGAACCUCAUAAUGAGAGUAAGAAGAAGCUUAACAGCCCUGAAGGCUCUGUUCAAACAGAUUGAUUACAAUUGAAUUAAUUUGCUAAGGAGAUUUUUUUUUUUUUAUUGGGGUGAGGUAAAUUUAUUUUUUUCAUGACUUGUUAGUAGUUUUGCUAAUUGCUAAUUCUCCUUUAAUUCGACUUCCUCUGAUGCUCCACAAAGAACAAAUGAUGGAGCUGCAGUGAUCAAACAACAAAAGAGUGGGCAUUUCCACUCUUUCCUGACAUGCUCGAGACCAACAUGACUGAGAAUCUGAAAAUGAUUUUAAAAAAGGGCAAAGAGAUCAAUCAUGGAAGUGAUUGCUGAUUUUAGCUCCACAGUUAAAAGGAGAUUGAUGUUAGUGGUACAAACACACAUUGACUUCUUUAUUAAAUAAAAGGGUAUUCAGUUUAAUAUAGUAUGACAUAUAGAGCUCAACUGUUAGAUCUUGUACUGGUUUGUUAGAAGUUUACUGCAAGUGCUCUGAAGUAGCCUAUAGAAGAAAGUUUUACCGUUGACCCUGCUGCUAUUUCAGUUCUUUAAAAGGUCUCAGUAUACUUCAAAUGAACAGGUUUUCAAAGCUACUGACAGGAGUUUUAAGCUGGUUAUGAAAAGAAAGACUGACAUUUAUACUGACCUCUUGAUGACCUAUAAAAGCAAAAGAGAACAAUAAGCAACAAGAUUGAUUAUUGCUCUAUAGUCAUUUGGACCCACUGAGGGGUUAGGUGUCAGACAAAGUGUUCAGCUGCAACCUGCCCAGACAGCCUCUUUUUUUUUUCUAGAGAUUCUUCACAGCAAAGACUCUUGAUGAGUGACACAUUAGUCUGUUAAAACAGUAGGAUGAGAUUCAUAUGCAAGAGAAAAAACAAAAGGGGGCCGGCAAAAUCGACACAAACCAAAAAGUUUUAAGACACGCACCUCAUGUAAAGCUGAGACCUUUAUUUUGAAAAGCACAAGCACUCACACAUCGUCACAAGCCAUUCAGCUCUCCAUAUUUCUCUCUGACAUAAACCACGGACAAAGAGUUUCACACACUUUCAAAUGUGGUGCUAUCAUGGUUGUUGACUGAGCCAAAGCUUUUACUUUGAUUUGUUUUCUCUUCUUUCUUUUUGAUGUUUUUUUUUUUCUCUUUUGCAUGCUAUGGUUUAAGAUUUCUACCCUUUCUAUAAAACCAGUGUAUAACCCUGUAGUGCAGACUUGUAUAACUUUUUGGUGGUGCAACAGGUAAAAUGUCGGAGACUUGAACCCCAAGUUGUAACUGAUAUCGUCUUAAGAAUUUGUUUUGGCCUUAAAUGCGUUAAAUCGGGGGGGGGCUGCAGCAGAAUUGGUAGAGAUUGCUUUAUGAUGAACACGAGUACUGUACCCUGAAUGCUGAUGUGCUGCAGUUUGAGCUGAGGAACGAGUGACGGGUUGUGUUACAGAUGUCUCUAGGUUGGUUUAUACGAAGCGUUUGCACAAUAUUUUUUGAACUUAUGAGCUGACAUUUGUUGGUUCAUGUCUAUAUAUGUCUAUGUAUAAAAAAAAAAAAUCGUAUACAGGGGUGUAAAGAAAAGAAAAGGUAUCACUAUAUCCAGUACUCAUCCUGUUUUUUCUGACCCAAGAGUGUCAUUCUCAUGUUAAUGAAGCCUGUUGAUCACCUCUGUGUAGAAGUAAAGGGUCAAAGAGUAAAAAAAAAAAAAAAAAAGA